AGCUUUUUGGGAUUAGCACCCCUUGUGAAAGUCUCGAAGUACCGCGUAUUUCGAAAAGUUUUAAACACUUUCAAUAUGAGUAUUGGAUGAGCUUCAUUUUGUUGUAUUCUAUUCUGAGUCUCAUUCGUGUUUGAAUUGCAAAACAUUGCCUAAAUAUGCUACUCUUUCUUCAUUUACAUUCUAGUUACACGUAGGUUAAUGUUGUCUUAAGAAAUCUACGGUUAAAAUUAGCCAAUCAUUACGAUUCCUGAGAUGGCUGGGCCAUACCUUUCUCCGCUUCCCGGGGACCUUCUAACUGAGUACAUGUUUGGUCGGCGACGUCAGAGGAGGAACAGAACUACCUUUACUCCUCAACAGCUCAGCGAACUAGAGUCGCUCUUCCAGAAGACGCACUAUCCAGACGUGUUCUUGAGAGAAGAAGUCGCUCUAAGGAUCAGUCUGUCCGAGGCGAGGGUGCAGGUAUGGUUUCAGAAUCGUCGAGCAAAAUGGCGGAAACAGGCACGUCUGCAGCUGCUGCAAGAUGCUUGGAGGAUGAGGUGCCUCGGACUCGGGACACCACCGCUACCAAUGCCCGGCCAUGCUAAGCCACCUGAUUCUUCACCGGAAACACCGGAUUCGCCCAACGACGGGAACUCGCCUGAAAGAUCUAACACCGAAAACGGUGAAAUCACUGGUUCGCGUCAAGAGCCCUAUAUACACAAUACAAACAUGCAAGAACCUAUUCCACAGCCCCCACACGACCUUCCAAUUCCGAUGCCGUACAACGAAGAAGCUAGAAUGAUGCAGCAAUCUUUUCCGUUUACAUCACUCCUCAUGCCCCAAAUGGAUUCAGAAGUGGCUCCGACAGACUUAAGGGUGCUGGCCGGUAAGAACUGUCCCUGUAAUGAAGAGGAGCCUCAGGAUCUAGCGUAUCGUCCCCGACGCGAGAGGGAAAGUGAUACCGAUAGUGACGCGGAGAUAGAUCUAACAUCGCAUUCUUCUAAAGACGACGAUUUGAGAGAAUCGGAGAGGCUGGCGAAUAGAAUCGCCACUAGCAUCUUUAGAAGCGACACCGUUUUGCAAGAUCUGGUACCAAAUGAUUUGAGUUUAGCGAAUAAAGGGAACGAUAGAAAUCAGAACGGUGUAUCGAUGUAAGUGGUUAUCGAUGCAAGCAAAACCAAUAUUUAACCUAUCGACGUAUUGAAUUAAAGUUAUUUUAUUGAAAGACAAAUGAAUCCCGGUCACGAUUUAACGUGAAUGGCGCUAUUUGUAUAAACAUCUUCACGUUGAAUUUCCUAAAUAAAGUAUUCUAAACAAACCUUUUAGUGACAUAUACGAAAGACCACAAACAUUUUGCCACAAACAUUUUACAAAAAUUUUGCAAACAAGCCUAAUCUCAUGAACCGUUCACCAAUAAAUCUCCGUCGGGCAUGUGAGAAUUGUCUUUAUUUAUUUAGAUCUCCCUUUUCGUACUUUUUGGAACGCGGAUGUAAGUCGAGAAACAUAGUAAUGAGAAAACAUUAAUUAAAGCUACACUUGUUAUUUUUCUGCAAUUAUUUUUUUUGGAAACCAUUUUUAACUCAUUAUAAAUAUUUUUAUCGAUAUGUAAUUUAUUGUAUUAAUGAUUUUUUAGUAUUUUCAAUAUGUGUAUAUACGGGCAAAAAUUUUGAGUCAAUAAUAAUAAACGGAUAAUCGGAUGUCGUAGUGUAAGUUGUACGUAUAGUUCUACAAAGAGAAAUAAAAAAAUUGUAAUCAAUUAAAUUUUACUUAUAAUCCUCAUAAAUAUGUAUUGUAGAUAUUUAUGUGAAUAAGAAAUAAAACAAUUAAAUCAGCUUUUUUUUAUUUAAAAGUAAUUUAAAAAAAACCUUUUUAAUAAAACUAUUGACUUGAUAUUUUUUUAAUAAUUUAUAUUAUAAAUAAGCCCUAUAAAUAAAAAUAUAUUCAUAAUCAAAUAGAAAAAUUCUAUAGAACUCCUUAUGAUUAGUUUCAAUAAAACAAUAGUUACAAAACUUACAAAUGCAAAACUGUGAUAUGUUUAUAUACAAUUCGCUCAUUAUAAAUUCUUCGCUUCGCUCCUAUUCAACCUAAAUUACAAUAAAUAAAAAAUCACAUCGCUUUUCAUAAUUUUGGCAACACUGUCAUGUUACUAAACUUCACAGAGUAGCUAAGUAUUAAAAAAAACAUCUUUGUAUAUAUUAUACUAGCUGGUGUUCACAAUCAGUUUCGACCGCAGUGAUGACAGAUUUAAUUAAAAACAUACCAUAAACAAUAAACAGUUAUUUUUAAACGAAAAAUACUCGUUCGUCUUCUGCCCUCUUCAGCUUAUUAGUUUUAAAAUCAUAAUUACAACUAGUUCAUUAUUUAGAUUUAUUAGGUAUGAACUUAUUAAAAUUUAUUAAAAUGUGCAAUGUGUCCGUGUC